AUGGCUACUACGAAAGCACUCUUUCAGGCAAAUAUCGAUCAGUGCUACGUCAAGAAGUUAAAGAAAGCCGAUAAAAUACCUGUCACAAUCAAAAAGAAAUUGAUCAUGGUAGUGAACGCAAAACAAAAACAAGUAACCGCACGCGUUUUCCCGGACAAAAUGGAAUUGAGAUCUCCCGACAAAAAGAAAAUUCGUAUAAACCUUGUUAACUUCAACUCAAUCCAGAAGGUUCACAAGGCCACACAAGAACAGGUACUCAUUUUGGAAUACAAAAGCAAUACAAAAAAGCCAAUUUGCAACCUGGUCAACCGCAAACUUCAGGAACUGUCUCCCGUGACACUUCCCGAAGGUCAUCCUCAGCUAACAUUGAAAAAAGGAGGCCGACUCCAAGGCCUACUGAACGAGGGACUCCGACGACUCGGAGGUCAAGUUCAACAACUAGCUCGACUCGAUCUUCGCGACAGCAGGCGUCUCAAGCAUCAAUACCACUGUCUUCAUCGAAACGCCUUUCCUCCAGUUCUUCCUCACCGUCUCCUCCCACCCCUGCCACCCCUCCUGCCCCUACUUCUUCAUUCUCAUCAGUAA